GGAACAUGAGGUCCUAGGGCGCGAGGGAAGAGGCUGGCGGGGGGCGAGGGGGCGUGCACGUGAAUAGGCUGGCGGGAUCUCUGGCAUGGCCGAGGCCAGGAAGCGGCGGGAGCUGCUUCCCCUCAUCUACCAUCAUCUGCUGCAGGCUGGCUUCGUCCGUGCGGCGCGGGAAGUGAAGGAGCAGAGCGGCCAGAAGAGUUUCCUGACUCAGCCCAUCACCCUCCUGGACAUCUAUACACACUGGCAGCAGACCUCGGAGCUUGGCCAGAAGCAGAAGGCAAAAGAUGAUGUGGCCCUGCAGGCCAAGAAGUUCCGGGUGUCAGACCCCAUUAGUAGCUCAGAGAGCUCGGAGGAGGAAGAGGCAGAACCUGAAGCUGCCAAAGCCACCCCAAGACUGACAUCUGUCAAUUCCUCAGCCAUGGCUGCAGCUUUGCCGUCAAGCAUGAAGGAAAAGGCCCAGGCAAAGACCAAGACAGCCAACAAGAUGGUCAACUCUGUGUUGCAUCCUGCAUCAGGAAAGGCAGUGGUCCACCUGCUCUCUGGGAAGUCACCCAAGAAGUCAGCAGAGCCCUCGGCUAACACUGUCUUGGCCUCAGAAACUGAGGAGGAGGGCAGUGUCCAAGCCCUCGGUGCCACUGCCAAGCCUGGAAUGUUGUCAACGGGCCAAGCCAGCAGUUCCAGUGAAGAUACCUCCAGCUCAAGUGAUGAGACAGAUGUAGAGGUGAAACCUUCGGUAAAACCAGCCCAGGCCAAAGUGUCCCCAGCCCCGGCCAAGGAGCCACCAGCAAGAACAGCCCCAGGCCCUACCAAGUUAGGGAGUGUGACGCCCCGGCUCCAAGAAGGCACACCGGCUGCACCAGGGAGGACUGCAGACAAGGAAGAGUCGGAGAGCAGUGAGGAGGACUCCGAGAGUGAGGAUGAGCCCCCUGCUGGGAUGCCCAGCCAGGUAAAGGCCCCUGGGAAAGCUCCUCAGGCCGCAGCUGCCUCGGUUUCUGCCAAGAGCUCUGGAAAAGGGCCCAUCUCAGCACCACCAGAGAAGACUGGGCCCACAGCCGCCCAGGCCAAGGCAGGAAGGCCAGAGAAGGACACAGAGAGCAGCAGUGAGGACGAUUCUGACAGUGAGGAGGAGGAGGAGCCGCCAGUGGAUGUCUCCACCCCUCAGGCGAAGACUUCCGGGAAGAACCCUCAGGUCAGGAGUACUUCAGCUCCUGCCAAGGGGUCCCCCCAGAAAGGGGCUCCUCCAGUCGCCCCUGGAAAGGCAGGGCCUGUGGCAGCCCAGGCCCAGGCAGGGAAGCCGGAGGACUCGGACAGCAGCAGUGAGGAGUCCGGGAGCGACACCGGGAAGACACUAGCCGCUGCGACCCUGAGCACAAGUCCUGCCCAGAUGAAACCUUUGGGGAAAAGCCCUCAGGUCAGACCUGCUUCCGCUGUGAGCCUGGGGUCCUCCGGAAAAGGCGCCCAGCCACCCUGCCCCGGGAAAGCCGGGUCAGCAGCUCUCAAGGUCCAAACGGGAGAGGCAGAAGAGGACUCGGGGAGCAGCAGCGAGGAGUCUGACAGCGACGAUGGGGCUCUGACCCCAGCCAAGGCAAAGGCUGUCAGGGGGAGGGCUCCCCCUACUGCACUCCCUCAGAAGGCGGCACCUGUGGCCACCCAGGUCAAGAGUGAAGGGUGUAAAGAGGACUCGGAGAGCAGCGAGGAGUCGACGGACAGCGAUGAGGAGGAGGCGGCGGUACCAGCAGCUUCCGCUCCGUCUCAGGCCAAACCAGCUCUGGAAAAGCAGGCAAAGGCUUCCCCGAGGAAAGGCACCCCCACAUCGGCCACAGUUGCCCCUGUGCUAGUGAGCACCUCAUCCUCUAGUGAGUCUGAGUCAAAAGCUGCUCCUGGCGCCACGAGGGUACAGGGGACGUCUGUGGGGAAGGGCCUCCAGGGGAAAGCUGCUUCGGGACAAGGGAUGGCCCCAGUGCACCCUGGGAGGACAGGGACUACAGUUGCCCAGGUCAGGGCUACAGCUCAGGAAGACUCGGGGGACAGCGAGGAGGAAUCCAGCAGUGAGGAUGAGAAUGAGACCCCCACAGCACAGGCCAAGCCCUUGGGGAAACUUCCUCAGGCCAAAGCCAACCCCCCUCCCACUAAGGCGUCUCCAGCCAAAGGGCCAGCGUCUGCAUCAGGAAAAGUGAGCACUGUAGUUGCUCCAGCAAAGCAGGAGACCCUAUCCAAGGGAAAAGCACCCGUGAGUGCUGGUCAGCACAGUGCUGUCUCUGCAAGGGGCCAGUGGUCUGUUGCAGCCGCGAGAAAAGCGGGGUCUCCAGCGACCCAAGCACAGAAGACCCAAGCACAGAAGGGGCCGGUGGCUGGAGCGGGGAAGGACUCGGAGAGCAGCAGUGAAGAGUCUGACAGCGAGGAGGCGGCCCCGGCCCAGAUAAAACCUGUGGGGAAAAGCUCUCAGGUCAGAGCUGCCUCAGCCCCUGCCAAGGCAUCCCCUAGAAAAGGAGCCCAUCCGGGAGCCACCAAGAAGACAGGACCUGCAGCUACCCAGGCCCAGAAAAGGAAGAUGGAGGACUCGGAGAGCAGUAGUGAGGAGUCCAACAGUGACGGGGAGAUGCCGUCAGCCGUCAUCCCAGCCCAGGAUGGUCCCUCCCAACCUGCCAAAAGCAAAGCCUCAGCGCCCGCACCCCCAGAGAAGAACGUAGAAGAGUCCUCAGAGAGCAGUGAUGAGGAGCUGCCGUCUGCCCAGGUGAUUAAAUCCCCUCUGAUUUCUGUCGACCCUAAUCGUAGUCCAGCUGGCCCAGCUGCUACCCCUGCACAAGUCCAGGCUGUGAACACCCCAAGGAAGGCCCAGGCCUCAGGCACCACAGCCCAGAGCUCCUCCUCUGAGAGUGAGGAUGAAGACAUGAUUCCUGCCACCCAACCCACCACUCAUGCCAUUAAAACCAGUGUGACUGUGCCCACAUCCCUCCCACGGACAGCCCCCCAACCCAGCAAGAGUGAGCAGUCUAGUCGGGUGCCGAAAGGCAAGAAACCCAAGGCAGCAUCCUCUCAGAUCAGCAGUGCCGUGGAGACGCCCUCCGUGAUGCCCCCCCAGAGUACACCUGUCCAGUCCAGAGCAACCAAUAAGCUCAGAAAACCCAAACUCGCUGAGAAGCAGCAGCCUCCCCCAAGCUACCCCAGACCCUCCAGGAGCUCAAGUAACAGCAGUGAUACCUCUUCAGAGAGCGAGGCGGAUGCCAAGAGACCCCAGAUGGCCAAGGCAGCCCCCAGACUGGAUCCGGACCCUUCCCAGAAGGAGAUUGUGGUGGAGGAGACCCCUGAUGAAUCCAGCGAAGAUGAGUUGGUGGCCCCCUCACAGUCUCUCCUCUCAGGUUAUGUGACUCCUGGGGUGACGGUGGCCGGUUCCCAGGCUUCAAAAGCCACUCCCAGGCAAGACUCCAACCCCUUGGUUUCCUCUGCUCCGGCCACCAAAGAUAACCCAGAUGGCAAGCAGAAAGCAAAAUCCCAGAACGCAGCAGACACCACGCUCCCUAAAACUGGUAGGAAAGAGGCCUCCCCAGGUGCCACACCUCAGAAGCCCAAGAAGGCCAAGAAAAGCACCCAGACCUCAGCAGCACCCACACAGGAUCUGCAGAACAGCAUCACCCAGCGCCUCCGGGAGCAGCCGUGGCCCCUGAGCGAGGCGCAGGUGCAGGCCUCUGUGAUAAAGGUCUUAACGGAACUGCUGGAGCAGGAGAGGCAGAAGGCCACGGAGGCCAUCCAGGAGAGUGGGAAGAAGGGCCAGAAGCGGAAGCUCUUGGGGGACCAGCUGGCAGCUGGGACCCCAAAGAGCAAGAAGAAGAAGCAGCUGGUGGCUGGGGCAGGUGCUACUACCCCAGAAAAGACCUCCAGGACUUCCAAGGCAAAGGCAAAGCCAGACAGAGCGGAUGCCGAUGGCAAGGGGAAGGAGUCACCUGGCUCCCGAGGGGCCAAGGAGAAGCCGGAAAGUGAGCUGGGGUUAAAGGUUGAGAGUGGAGAGCAGGGUGACGCAAAGAGCAAGAAGGAAAAGAAGAAAUCCAGUAAGAAAAAAAAAGACAAGGAAAAAAAGGAAAAGAAGAAAGGAAAAAAGACCUCAGUCAAAGACCCUGACUCGCUAGUCAAGAAGAAAAAGAAGAAAAAGAAGAAGACAGCCCAGCCUGCCGUGUGAGGCCCAGCACAAAAACCAGCGUCUUGUCAGAGUGUGGCCGUCCUCAGACCUCUGACCUGGCCAGUGUGAGUUGGGACUGGACUUUUUAACUUACCCUCCCUCAACAGAAGAUGAUGGCCGUCUCCAGCUCGUGCUGCUGGCCAAGCCAGUGAGCCUGCGAGGAGACGGCAGU